AGGGCGGGGGGGUGUCGAGCUGCGUUUGACACAGCUUGCUUGAAAGCUUCCUUACCAAGUGGGGACGCUUCGCCUUCAACUGGGGCUUCUCUGCUUGGGUGCCAGCAGGCUGCUGCCGCGGGGAGCCCUGGCUCAUCGGAGUGAGCCCCGGGGGUGCGGGUGCUGUCCUGGGGGCUGCAGCGCUCUGAGGGGCACGCGCGAGUGAACCGGCUGUCCACCUGGGAGAGACGACCCGUCUUAAACUGAGCAUCCAUGCGGAAAUACAAUGUCGUGGAGGAAAGGUCUCUGGACAGAAAGCUGCAGAGACCGCUCCUGGGGAAGUCCCGAACGCUGCCCAGCAUCCCGCAGUCCCCGGUCCUGAGCAGGCUUCCCCUCCUUGACUCCACAGCAUAUAGGGAAGAGAUGCCGGAGCAGAAGUCCUACAAGAAGCACUCGGCCUCUGAUGGCCAGAAGGGCUGCACGGUCCCAUCUGCUGGGGAGGCCUGGCGGCUGGAGGACGACUGCAUGGACCCCCCCGGGGAUGCCCAGCUGCAGCCACGGCUCCGCACGGCGGUGGAGGACGCCCCGUUCAGCCACUUCCGCACCCGCUCCUUCUACAUGCGGAAGAGCCUGUCGGUCGACAACCACCUGGGGUCCCUGGGCUACGCCGUCCACCCGGCGGAGACGAAAGCCGAGCGCGUCAGGACCAAGCUGCGGCGGCAAUUCAGCCUGGGGUCAGCAGACAAGAAGGACUUUUACCAGCCAAAGUCGGAAAGCAGCCUCUCUAGGUUUGCCCACCGCUUGUCAGUUAAGCAGAAGCAGGAGAAGAGAAGGAAAGCUGAGUAUGCCUCAGCCGAGCUGUCUGCCUUCCGGCCCAGGUCUCUGAGCAUUGAAUGGUCAUCCUCUCCCAAAAUGACGCAGCAGAUGCGGGACCUGCAGCUGGCGCAGGCCAGGAAGCCGCCGGGCCCUUCCUCGCCGAACGCGGCCAAAAGGCUCUACCGAAACCUCUCGGGGAAGUUCCGAGUCAACUACACGUCCUUUGAUGAGGGCAGCCUGGCAGGACGGGGCGAGAAGGAGAAGCUCCGCAAGUCCUACCUGUUCCAGAGCAACGCUGCGCUCUUCGAGGCCGUGGAGCUGCAGGACCUGGACCGGGUGCAGGAGCUGCUGAAGCAGUACAGCCCCGAGGAGCUGGACCUCAACACCCCCAACAGCGAGGGGCUGCUGCCCCUGGACAUUGCCAUCAUGACCAACAAUGCUCCCAUCGCCAGGGCCCUGCUGCAGGCAGGAGCAAAGGAGAGCCCGCACUUUGUCAGCCUGGAGAGCCGCUCGCUGCACCUCUCCACGCUGCUGCGGGAAGCGGAGCAGCGCGUCAACGAGCUGACGGCGCAGGUGGUGAACGAGGCACCCAACGCCGACUGCUCCGAGAAGGAGAAGCAGCUCAAGGCCUGGGAGUGGCGAUACCGGCUGUACAAGCGCAUGAAGGCAGGCUUUGAGCAUGCCCGAGUGCCGGACCCCCCCAGCAAUGUGCACCUCUCCGUGGCCAGCAGCUCCUCGGUGCAGGUGACCUUCUGGGAGCCCCUGAGUGUCAACUCGGCCGUUGUCACCAAAUACAAGGUGGAGUGGAGCUGCUCCCCCACCUUCUCACCGCUGCUGGGGGAGGCCGUGGUGGACAAGCUGAAGAGCCUGCACUUCACCAUCCGGGGGCUGGCAUCGGGCACAGCUUACUACGUCCAGGUGUCUGCCUACAACAUGAAAGGCUGGGGUCCCCCCCAAGCCUCAGUGCCCCCCUUCGCCAUCCCUUCCAACUGGAGGGAGUACGACGGCCGGGCCCCGCGGCGCAGGGGCCAGGCUGAAGCUCUGGACCACCUGCUGGGCCAGGUGAAGACCGUCCACCAGCACUGCGUGUGCCACGAGCCCUGCAAGAACCAGCCCCAGAGCAGGAAGCACUCGGUCUCCAAGAGCCUCAAACACCUCUUCCAUGCUGGCAGCAAGUUCCUCAAGACACUGAAGCGGGGCCUCUACCUGACAGCCAUCUUCUACAAGGACGACAACAUCCUGGUGACCCACGAAGACCAGAUCCCAGUGGUGGAGAUCGAUGACACCUACUCGUGCCUGCUCAUGCAGGAUUUCCUUUGGUUCACCAAGGUGUCGUGCAUGUGGGACGAGAUCCUGUGGCUGCGGCAGUGCGUCACCGUCUCCCAGUCGUCCUGCUCCUGCAUCCUGCAGACGCGCUUCAAGAUGCUGCUGGCCAUCUCGCAAAUGCAGGGGCUGCUGGGCAUCCAGGACCUGGGGCAGGUCUUCUUUGAGCCCAUCAAAGACAAGCAGGGCAACAUCCUCAUCGUCACCCUGAAGGAGGUGAAGACCAACCAGACCUUCGAGAGUGUCCGCUGGGUUCCCAUCUGCAAGCUGCAGACAAGCCGCAAGUCCGUGUCGUCCCCGGAGGAGCCCACUGCCCUGGACACGCUGCUCAUCUCCGUGCAGGACAAGCUGGCUUACCACCAGCGGAGCAGCCAUGCCCUUUCCCCGGGCCUCUACCUGGGCUACCUGAAGCUCUGCAGCGCCGUGGACCAGAUCCGGGUGCUGGUGCCGGAGCAGCUCCCCAACAUCUUGUGCCACGUGAAGAUCCGCUCCAACCCCAACAUCUCCAGGGAGGAGUGGGAAUGGCUGCAGAAGAUGGCCAGCAUGGAGGAGCCCGUUUCUGCGGAGCCAGAGGCUGAGACAUCCCAAAAUCACUUGUUCCAGGAGCUGCAGGCGGCCAUCAAGGAGCUGAUGACCCUGGUCAACAUCCCAUUGCAAGAGGCCAAAGAUUUCCGUCUAUACAGCCAAGAGGUGCUGGACUUUGGGGGCCAGGUCUCCUUCCUGCUGCUGCUGCCUCCCUCAGAUGAUGUCUGCACGGCGCCAGGCCAGAACAACCCCUACACCCCUCAGUCUGGCUUCCUCACGCUGCCGCUGCAGAUCUUUGAGCUGGUGCACUUCUUCACAUACGACCGGGAGUUCAUCAUGCAGUACUGCCAGGUGUCUGCCCUCCUGGAGCUGGAGUCGCUCCUCUCGCAGCAGAGCCUCAGGGAGGCCUUCUCUGAUGCCGAGCUCUCCACGGCGAAGCAGAGGCACCAGCAGGUGCAGGACUACAUCCAGCAAAUGGAGGAGAUAUGGCGUGAGAUGCGCUGGAUUAUGGAUGCCCUGCAGCACGCCCGGUACAAGCAGCCUUCCUGUGGGGUGUCCCUCAGUGGGUUCCUCAGCACCUCAAGUAGUGCCAUGAAGGAGAAGACCCAAUCCUCUUCGUCCCACCUCGACUUCCUUCCAUCCCCAGCACCCUCACCAGAGACCAGCCGUAAGCUCAACUCCGACCUGCACGGGCUGUCGGACGAGGAGGGCUCCUCUGAGGUGUUCCUGGCCACCGACAGUGACUACGACUCCAGCAGGGCGCAGAGCCCAAAGGAGCUCGACCUGGUGUCCUCCUCCUCGGGGCCCGAGUGCUGCAGCAGGAGGGCGACCCGCAGCCUGCGGGACAGCGCCCCGGACGUCCUGCAGAGCCACGAGCUCCAGCCGGUGCCGCUGCCCCCGCCGGAGCCCCGGCCGCCCCCCGAGCUCUACGACAGCGACUUUGUCCUGCCCAGCCGGCAGAUUGAGCUGCUGCGCAUCACGGAGAAGCGGCAGGCGUACUGCGUCCGAACCAGCAGCCUGGACUUCCCCAAGCCGCUCUGCCCGGUGGCCAGGAAGUCCUGCCCCGGCUCCGUCGACAGCUCCCCGACGGAGAGCAGGACCCCCGGGGGCCACGGCAGCCAGCUCAGGCUGGGGACUGGCUCUGCACCCAGCCCCGAGCGCAGCCGGACGCGCUCGGCUGAGUGGACUCCGAGCUUCCAGGAGCCACUGGAGCAGCCCGGGUGCUUGGCCGACCGUGGGAAGAAGCCGGGCUCUGUCACCUUGCGGGUCUGCCCUCAGUAUGAAACCGGACUCUCCAAAGAGACCAGUGUCAAGCUGCACAUCACCAGCCAGACGUCGGCCGGGGAGGUGGUGAAGCUGGUGGUGCUGGAGAUGAACGACGUCUCCCGCGGCGUGCUGGGCGGCUCGGCCGCCUUCUGCUACGGCGAGGAGCAGCUGGAGCACUUCGGACUGGUGUUCGCCUCCGAGGAGAGCGAGCGGUGGCUGCCCGAUGACUUCCUGCCCCUGUCCCUGCACGCCGCCCGGCCCGAGGGGCGCUUCUAUGUCCGCAUCAAGGAGACGUCCCCCCUGGUGCUGCAGUUCGGGCCCGCCACCACCGUAUGAGAGGAGCGGCGGCGGUGCGGGGCCUUGGCCCUGCAGCAGACAGCGCGUCUCUGAUGCUUCCUUCUUCCACAGACACCCUCUCAUCAGGCAUCCGCAGGGUGGAAUGGGAUCAUACCGGGCUGUGUGUUACUUGUUUGUGUUGGGGUUUUUUGUUUUUUUUUUUUUGUUGUUGUUUUAUUUUUUUAACCAAAGAGACGUCGAGACUCAGUUUUUCUGACUGCAGAAGAUGAGGGUGGAGCACGGAGACCUCAGAGCUUGGGAGGAAUCCUUGCAGGAAUGGAAUUUUUGAAAGCAAACAUUUUUAAGGGGAAAGGGUGGGGGGAGAGAGAGGAAAAAUAUUACGCGAAGAAACAGCAAUACUCUUUUUUUUUUCUUUCUUUUUCUGAAAAUCCUUGUCUGGGAUUUAGUGAAGGAAGAGCCACAGAGGAUUGCUGGCUAGAGUCACGGUAUCGAUGAGGAGAGGGCAUGAUGCACAAGGACAGCACUGAGAAGGGUGUUCCCUAUCCGUCCUCGUUUCACUGUACCUGGAGAAACAGUUCUUGCACAUAGUUCUCAGAACAGAAUGUGUUUUGUUUUUGUUUUGUUUUGUUUUCUGAAAAAAAAAAUGUGCUAGAGACACUGGAGUUGUAUAGGAGGUGAAGACCCUUUUAUUUGUUUUAGAGGCAAAAGGAAGCAACGCCAACAGCCCCCCACUCACAUGCACGUGUACGCAGCUGUGCUGACACCACCACUAGAGGUUUGCUAUAGGGCAUCUGCUGCAGCACACCCAGCACCACCUUGGGAUUCCCUUUCCUCCUCGGUUGCUGUUUUGUUCUGGUGAUUGUGAGUGGCCUCUCUUGUAUGUCCUACAGCAUGACACUUUGUUAGCAACUAGGUCUCUUGUUCACAAGGUUAUUUUUCUGAUCUCCUGUGGUCCAUAGUAAAGAUGACUGCUGCUGACUGU